GUGUUGAAAGAUAGUGGGCUUUAUAUUCGUUAUUCACUUUUCGUCUCGAGAAACCCUAACCCUAGCCAUCUCCCUCCAAAAUCUUUCAUGGACGAUAGCCUCUACGACGAAUUCGGCAACUACAUCGGACCUGAGAUCGAGUCCGACCAUGGUUCCGACGACGACGAGGACGCCUCCCUCGGAGAUAAAUCUGCAGACGGGUCUGCCCACUCAGACGACGACGAGCCUGGCUCAUCCUCUCCAGGUCCCGCCUCCAAUGGUUGGAUCACCACUUCCGGCGGACCAUACGACAUGGACGUCGACGCCGCUGCCAACCAGAUCGUUCUGGCCGAGGACAAGAAGUACUACCCUACAGCUGAAGAAGUCUACGGUGAGGGUGUGGAGACCCUCGUGAUGGACGAGGACGAGCAGCCUCUGGAGCAGCCCAUUAUCAAACCCGUCCGCACCCUCAAGUUCGAGGUCGGGGUCAAGGAUUCCUCCACCUACGUUUCCACCGAGUUUCUGCUAGGUCUUGCCUCCAAUCCUUCGUUGGUCCGCAAUGUGGCGCUCGUGGGACACCUCCAGCACGGGAAAACGGUUUUCAUGGACAUGCUUGUUGAACAGACCCACGAGAUCUCCACUUUUGAUUCUCAAAGCGAGCGGCAUAUGAGAUAUACUGACACGAGGAUCGAUGAGCAGGAGAGGAAGAUAUCGAUCAAGUCUGUGCCAAUGUCUCUCGUGCUUGAGGAUAGCAACGCGAAGUCGUAUCUUUGUAACAUAAUGGACACUCCUGGCCACGUCAAUUUCUCAGAUGAGAUGACUGCUGCACUUCAUUUAGCAGACGGAGCCGUGUUGGUUGUGGAUGCUGCAGAAGGUGUUAUGGUGAAUACUGAAAGAGCUAUAAGGCAUGCAAUCCAAGAAAGAAUGCCAAUAGUGGUGGUUAUAAAUAAAGUUGAUAGACUUGUAACAGAGCUUAAGCUGCCUCCUACUGAUGCAUACUUUAAGCUGAGGCACACAUUGGAAACUAUCAAUGAUCUGAUAUCCUCUUGCUCCACAACAGUUGGAGGUACCCAAAUGGUUGAUCCUGUUGCUGGAAAUGUUUGCUUUGCUAGUGCAAGUGCUGGCUGGUCUUUCACAUUGCAAUCAUUUGCUAAGCUAUAUGUCAAGCUUCAUGGCAUACCAUUUGACUCCUCGAAAUUUGCAUCACGCUUGUGGGGAGACCUAUAUUAUCACCCUGACGAAAGAGUAUUCCGAAAGAAACCUCCUAUGGGUGGAGGAGAAAGAUCAUUUGUUCAAUUCAUUCUUGAACCAUUGUACAAAAUCUAUAGUCAAGUCAUUGGAGAACAUAAGAAGAGUGUUGAGUCAACUCUUGCUGAACUUGGAGUUACACUGAGUAAUGCAGCUUAUAAGAUGAACGUGAGACCUUUGUUGAGGUUGGCUUGUAGUUCUGUCUUUGGAUCAGCCACUGGUUUCACUGAUAUGCUUGUGCAGCACAUUCCCUCUGCUAGGGAUGCUGCAAUGAAGAAGGUGGAGCACAUAUAUACAGGGCCUCUGGACUCAUAUAUUGCUGAAGCUAUGAAAAAAUGUGAUCCAUUUGGUCCUCUUAUGAUCAAUGUCACAAAACUUUACCCUAAAUCUGAUUGUAGUGUGUUUGAUGCUUUUGGUCGUGUUUAUAGUGGUACUAUACAGACUGGUCAAACUUUGCGAGUGCUUGGAGAAGGAUAUUCGCCUGAAGAUGAAGAAGAUAUGACUGUUAAAGAAGUUACCAAGUUGUGGGUAUAUCAGGCUCGGUACCGGAUUCCGAUCAGUAAAGCCCUUGCUGGCUCUUGGGUUCUAAUUGAAGGUGUUGAUGCUUCAAUAAUGAAGACAGCAACUCUGUGCCCUUUGGAUAUGGAUGAAGAUGUGUACAUUUUUAGGCCGCUUCGCUUCAAUACAUUAUCAGUUGUGAAGACUGCAACUGAACCAUUGAACCCAAGUGAGCUUCCUAAGAUGGUGGAGGGCCUAAGAAAAAUUAGUAAGAGUUAUCCUUUAGCUAUUACAAAGGUUGAAGAGUCAGGGGAGCACACUAUCCUGGGGACAGGAGAGAUCUAUCUUGAUUCGAUUAUGAAAGACUUGAGGGAACUUUAUUCUGAAGUUGAAGUUAAGGUUGCAGAUCCAGUUGUUACUUUUUGCGAGACAGUGGUUGAAACAUCGUCAAUGAAAUGUUUUGCAGAAACACCUAACAAAAGGAACAAAAUUACCAUGGUUGCAGAGCCAUUGGAGAAGGGGUUAGCAGAAGAUAUUGAGAAUGGUGUUGUUAAUAUUGAUGCACGCCAGAGGGAUAUUAGCGAUUUCUUCCAGAAGCGCUAUGACUGGGAUUUGCUUUCAGCAAGGUCUAUUUGGGCAUUUGGUCCAGACAAACAGGGACCUAAUAUCUUGUUAGAUGACACUCUUCCAAGUGAAGUUGACAAGAAUCUGUUGAAUUCUGUCAGAGAUUCCAUUGUUCAGGGUUUCCAAUGGGGUGCCCGAGAAGGACCUCUUUGCGAUGAACCCAUUCGCAAUGUAAAAUUCAAAAUAUUAAAUGCAUCAAUAGCUCCAGAGCCUUUGCAUCGAGGAGGAGGACAGAUUAUUCCCACUGCACGGAGAGUGGUGUAUUCAGCUUUUCUUAUGGCAAAUCCUCGGCUGAUGGAACCUGUUUACUAUGUUGAGAUACAAACCCCAAUAGAUUGUGUCUCAGCUAUUUACACUGUGCUGUCUCGAAGGCGAGGACAUGUAACCCAAGAUGUACCUAAGCCUGGCACACCAGUGUAUAUCGUAAAGGCCUUUUUGCCUGUGAUCGAGUCAUUUGGCUUUGAGACGGACUUGAGAUACCAUACUCAAGGGCAAGCUUUUUGUCUCUCAGUUUUUGAUCAUUGGGCUAUCGUUCCUGGUGAUCCAUUGGAUAAGAGUAUUGUUCUACGACCACUUGAACCAGCCCAAAUACAGCACCUUGCUCGUGAAUUCAUGGUCAAGACUAGACGCAGAAAGGGUAUGAGCGAAGAUGUGAGCAUUAACAAGUUCUUUGACGAAGCCAUGGUUGUGGAGCUCGCACAGCAGGCAGCUGACAUGCAUCUGCAAAUUAUGUAGCCAAAAACACACCACUCUUGUUUCCUGGUAGUCUGUUCGACCGAUGUUUUCCAAAUGGAUAUGUUUGUCAUGAUGUCAUCUCCUCACGGGUUAAUUAACAUGGUGCUUGGGCUUACUGGUUUUGGGCUCUCCGUGCUAUUUGCUGCAGCUGAAAUCUGCACUUGUCUGUGCCCCUAGUGCAAGGCAAACAUGAUUGCUGAUCAUCGAAGAGAGUUGUAUGUAGCUAAGUUUAUCUUGGAUCUUGAUAUUACACUAUAGUAUAGUUGGGACGCAAGAUUACGAUGAUGAUGUAAUGAGUUAUGUUACAAUUUCAUUAUUGUACGGUGGCAUUCAGCGAGCUAAUAUGAUGCAUUUAUUUUGCA